AUGGUGCUUCUUGAAAACGACUCGUUUCUAACAGAGCUGACACGUUUGUUCCAGAAGUGCAGAUCCUCUGGUAGUGUCGUCAUCACAUUGAAAAAGUAUGACGGGAGGACAAAGCCGGUACCCAGAAAAGGCCACUCGGAGUCUUUUGAGCCAGCAGACAAUAAAUGCCUUCUCAGGGCUUCUGAUGGCAAGAAGAAAAUUAGCACAGUGAUCAGCACCAAAGAAGUAAUCAAGUUUCAAAUGGCAUACUCCAACCUCCUGCGAGCGCACAUUGAUGGCUUGAAAAAGAAAGACAAGAAGAGCAAAAGCAAGAAGACCAAAGCCACUCAAUGA